CACACCACCGGAUCUGCCUCCAGUUUGUUCCCUCUUCUUUCUCUACGGACUGGCCUGCGCGGAACAAGCAUGGCUUCUUCUUCCUUCGCCGCUUUAGCGGCUCUAGCCAUGAGCUGCCUCCUCAUCCUCCUUCCGUGCAGCGUGUCCGGUUGGUCUCAUGGCGGCGCAACAUGGUACGUUCCCCCCGAAGGUGCAGGCACUGACGGUGGUGCAUGCGGGUACCAGCGCGACGUGGAGAAGCCGCCGUUCUCCGCCAUGAUCACGGCGGGCAGCCCCUCCAUCUUCAAGAACGGCAAGGGCUGCGGCGGUUGCUACCAGGUGAGAUGCACCGGCAAUGCCGCUUGCUCCGGGUUUCCGGUGACCGUGGUCGUCACAGACGAGUGCCGUGGCGGGCCGUGCCUGGCCGAGGCUGCCCACUUCGACCUCAGCGGGAAGGCGUUCGGCGCCAUGGCGAAGCCCGGCCAGGCCGACAACCUCCGCAAAGCCGGCAGCAUUAGAGUCCAUUACAACCGGGUUCCGUGCAACUGGCACGGGAUGGACAUCGUUUUCAAGGUGGACGCAGGCUCCAACCCGAACUACCUCGCAGUGCUCAUAGAGUACGAGGCUGGCGAUGGAGACCUGUCGGCGGUCGAGCUUCAACAGCGCGGCGGCGGAUGGGCAUCGAUGCAGGAGUUGUCGGGUGCGGUGUGGAAGUACAACUCCAGGUCCACCCUGCAGGCGCCCAUAUCGAUCCGCCUCACCUCCGGCUCCGGCAAGCAGCUCAUCGCCAGCAAUGUCAUUCCCUCCGGAUGGCACGCCGGAAGGACCUACCGGUCCAUCGUAAACUACUAGUGAUCGAGCGAUUGAUCGGUUUGUCGAGUACCAAUGGGCACAUGUGUGGCCUUGUGUAAUCGACAUUGAUAAUUUGAUACGGAAAUAGUAGAUGUUUCCAUCAUGCUUGAAAAUUUUCAAAUAAUGUGGAAAAAAUUGCUUUCUUGGAAUAUUUUGGUAGAUGUGUUGUAUGUCUGUCUAGGGCGUGGCUAUACCUCAAUCAGCUGGAAAAAACUUUGGGGUCA